GCAACGCGGACAGGCGGGCGUGGGGCACGGCCUCGGCCAGCAACGCGCCCAGCACGGCCCGCCGAGGCUGAAGCGCUGUGGGCGCCGCCGCUCUUACGCCGCAGAACGUGACAAAAAGACGGGGCUAUGUACUACAUCCUGCUGGGCCGCCUCCAGGUGGACGACGCCAAGCUGCUGGAGCAGCGCAAAGCCGCGUGCGAGGCCGAGAUGCAGCGUCAGCGCGCUCUGGAGGAGGCACAGCCUGUGGCCGUGGUGCAGUGCCCUGUGGACUGGGACGCCGUCAACUGCUGGCCCUCCACGCCCGCGGGGCUCACGGCGUGGGAGCCGUGUCCCGACUACAUCCGCAAUUUCAACAACACGGUCGAAGUCAGCAGACAUUGUUCUCCAGCGGGCGUCUGGGUCGGGAACGAUUCUUGGACGUACAGCAACUAUUCAAAAUGCUUCGGCGACCUUCGGGUCAACGACUCCCCGGCCGGCGGAGCGUGGGUGCUGGACCUGUGGAUACCCGUCGUGAAGAAGGUGGCCCAGCUGGGGUACAGCGUGUCGCUCUGCACACUCAUCCUUGCCUUCCUCGUCCUCCUCUCCAUCAAGAGGCUUCGGUGUCCGCGCAACAACCUCCACAUGCACUUGUUCGCCUCCUUCAUGCUGCGCGCCGCCAUGUACCUCCUCAAGGACGUGCUGUUCGUUCGCGGCGUGGGGCUGCCCGAUGACGUCAGCGAGGUGGACGGCACCGUCUUCUUCCUCCCGGGACGCACUAACUGGGAGUGCAAACUCAUUAUCAGCUUGUGGCAGUACUCCAUCAUGGCCAACUACUCCUGGAUCCUCAUGGAGGGGCUCUACCUGCACAACCUCAUCUUCCUCGCACUCUUCAGCGACAACAGCGCCAUCACCCUGUACGUGGCGCUCGGAUGGGGGCUCCCUGCCAGUGUGGUGCUGCCCUGGGCCAUCGGGCGCCGCUACCUGGACGACGACUACUGCUGGACUGUCCACACCCACGACGCAGUGUACUACCUCGUCCGCAUCCCCACCAUCCUCACAGUCACCAUCAGCUUCGCCCUGUUUGUCAACAUAGCCAGGGUGCUGCUCGUCAAGAUGCAGUCCUCGGUGCAGGUGCAGCGACGCAGCUACCGCUACAAGCGCUGGGCGCGGUCCACCAUGGUGCUGGUGCCGCUGUUCGGUACGCAGUACGCGCUGUCGCUCGUCUUCUCGGCCAGCAUCAAGCAGCACGGUGCGCUCGAGGUGGUGUGGAUCAUGCUGGACCAGACAUUCGCCUCUUUCCAGGGCUGCCUGGUGGCCCUGCUCUACUGCCUGCUCACCAAGGAGGUCCGGGUGGAGGUGCGUCGCCGCUGGCAGCGAGGCUUCAUGUGGGGCGACCGCCACCACGGGUCCUCGCGGCGCCCGGGGUCGCUGCUGCAGUCCGCACCCUCGCUGUCCAGACCCGGGCAGCAGUCGGGGCCGCCCUACCACCGGCCCAGCGACCUGCCGUGCCAGAUCUCGGGGCGCCUGGAGCUGAACCGCCUGCCCGACGACGUGAUCGACGACGCCCUCAUCGACGUGGUGCUGGACGACAAGGCCAAGAGCAGGGACGUGGAGGUGGAGGUGCAGUCCAUGGCCUCCAUGGGGCUGGCCGGGCUCACCGUUGCGUCCAGGACCAAGGCGGGCGACGCGCAGAGCUGGGUGUGAAUACCCCGCGCCGCCAGCGCCGCCGGCGCGUGGAGUAUCUGCAGCGCGAGGAGUGCCGCCUUCCCUGCUGGCGUGGGGUAUCGCCGGCCCGCGUCGCACUCCGAGCGCCUCACGCAGCGCCAGAAGGGUGUCAACAGAGGCGGAUCCAGCGACGGCCCGAGGGGGGUCAAAGUAGCACUUCUUGCAGGGGCUAAGUGUUGCUUUUUUCCCUACCUUUCAGGCGACAAUCUAGCGUUCAAGGGAGGGGCAAUUGUCCUUUUGUCCCCUUCCCUUGCUGCAUCCGCGCUUGGUGCCCAAGUGCUGAGUCUUCCUGUGUGUAAAGGAAUUGGUCCUGGUGAAAUUGAACUGGUCACUUUUCUGUGUAAAGACUAAAAGAGUAAGAAAGGUUUUUAGAGUGAAAAUCCUCUAUUCCAGGCAAUCGGAACACUCAGUGCGACAAUGCAAAGCUCUCUUCCUGUAGAGAUUGUUUGCGUGUUAUUAGAUAUUCGAUUCAUUUCUGCGAGGAAGGACGCGUAUGCUGUCGUGGCCUCCUCUAAAACAAGCUCUCAGUUUCAAGUUCGUUCAUUUUUUUGUGUGUGUGUGUUAGGAGGGUGGACGUCGUCGCAGAAGAAGGCAAGAGCCUUUCAUUGAACGUUUCCUACGUGAAUGCCUUCACCCCAGUGGUUAUCCUAGUGUAACGCCGUCGUUCGGGCGCAAGUUCCGAGUCCCUGGAAGGCGGGACACAGAUCUCACAGUUAUGACUGACUUUAGAGUGUGGUGAUUUCCGUGUUAUAUGUAUUCUCUACCCAAUAUUGUUAUGAUGUUAAAUUAUUUAUGGUGUGUGCGUUUCUUUAAAGUAAUACUCUCUCAUGUGAGAUUUCGCGGGGAGGCCGUUCUCAGGGACCCUCUUCUCUUCUUUAUAGAUGUGUGCCUGAUUGAUGUUCCAUGUUUGUCUGCGUGCACUGUAAAAAUUUGUUGUCACUUUAUGGCAAAUUUUCGUGGAUGACAUUUUCAUCACAUGUAAACGAUGACAGUGUCAUUACUUUACUUAUUGCAUGGGUGUGACAACUAUGUUAGCUAAUGGUUUGAUGAUAGAUAGCCUCGUCAGGAAAAUUUUCCUUUAAAUGGUCAUCAAGUGACAACUAAAAUUUUCACAGUUAGUAUCGCAAUUUAUCGCACCCAGCUAUUUCUGGGUCCAUUUUAUUUUUUUCCUCUGUUUUUACCUUUUGACAACCCUCUAUCUAUAACUCUGAAUCAUGUUUUAAAAAGAGGUCUAAUUGCUAGCAGAUGAUAUGCGUAUUUUUGUAUUUGAUCACGACAACUGAAGAUUGCCAUUCCUGACCUAUUUGUUCAUUGUCAUAGUUCAUUUCGUGUUUCCCGUUCGAUGUGGUGUUGUACUUGCGUCGCUCAAUACAGUAUUUCAUCGUUU